AUGGCACAGUCACAGCAGACGUCCGAAAGGACCCUGGUCGCCCUCAUCGCAGACGAGGACUCGACCACCGGCCUGCUCCUCGCGGGCAUCGGCAACGUCGACGAGGCGGGCGAGAAAAACUUCUACAUUGUCGACAACACGACGUCCGUUUCCGACAUCGAGGAGGCCUUCAACCGGUACACGCAGGAGCGUAAGGACGUCGGAAUCCUCCUCAUCAACCAGCACAUUGCCGACAAGAUCCGCCCCAUCGUCGAUCGCUAUACCCAAGCCUUUCCCGCCCUCCUCGAGAUCCCGAGCAAGGACCAUCCGUACGAUCCGGCCAAGGAUAGCGUCCUGAAGCGCGUCCAGAAGCUCUUCGGCGAAUAA